UCAACCUUCAUCAAACACGAUGGCAGAAGUGGCACAAGUCUUAUAUAAAGCAGUUGCUGGAGACAAGAUCAAACCACAAAAGAAUCCAUCUGCUUGGGCUGCACAAGAGAGGCAAGGUACCAAGAGAAACGUUCCUGAGCUGCCAGAUCUUGCAGGUGAUAAUGUCCAAAAAAGCAGAGCUAAGAGGACAGCUUUGAAGAAAAAGUCAUAUAGUCCAGUCAGAGGGCCAAAGACAAGGCAGAGGAGGAAGCAGGAUGAAUGUGAAGUCUUGGUGGAUCACAGACCAAAAUCUGCUAGCUCAUCCUUUAAGAAGCAGAAACAAAUCUUGCAAAUUAAAAUCACCAGCCCUAAACAAAAACAAAAUGUGCUUGCACAUAAACUGCCAUACAGUUUUUCUAAAACAGCCUCUACUGAGAUGGUUGAUGCUACUCCCGGAUCGGAUCAGAAUAUUGUCCAAGAUGCAGCAGUCAAUCAGGAGGGGCAUCAAGUAAAUGCUGACCAGCCUAUUCCUGAGACCAUCAGAGUUCCUUACCUUGGAACAUUUCCAAUAUCAGGCUUGAAUGUUAAUGUUGAAGAUGCUAGAGAGGAUCAAAAUCCGCAAAGAGCAAAUUCCGACCUGCCCCAUCCUGAAACUGGCAGGGCUCCUGGUCCUAAUGCAGCCCCAAAAGCAGAUCGGAACAUUUUUCAAGACGUAAUGAACAGUCAGGAGACGAAAGGGGUAGAUGCAGGCCUGCCCGUUACUAAGACCGGCAAAAGUCCCUACCUGGAUAUAACUCCAGAAUCAGAUGAAAAUGCCAGAGAUAUUAGAGUCAGUCAUCAGGAAGUGAAAGGGGCAGGCUCUCAUGAGGCUCUCUCCAAGACUAGCAGAGCCUGUUACCUUGAUACAACUCAACAGUCAGAUCAGAAUUUGGUCCAAGAUGUUGGCAUCAAUCUGGAACCAGAAGAGACAGCUGGUGACCAACUUCUCUCCAAGACCAAAGGGGUUCAAACUCUUGAUGCAACUCCAGAGUCAGCUCAAAAUUUCACCCAUGUCAAAAGCAUCAGUCAAGGACUAGAAGGGACAAAUGACCACCAGUUGGUUCCAGAGGCCACAAGAGUCCCUUUCGCUAAGAUUUUGGCCAACCAACCCCAAGUCCUCCUGCCCAAACUUAGUUUCAACAUCUCAAUUCCACUGGAUUGCAUCAGUCUGAAAAAGGCUUGUGAGCGAAGGGGAGCAAGGGAGCGUCCCAGCAAGACAACAACCAAGGUCAAGGAGGCGCAGCUGACCACCAGCGGUCAGAAGAAGGUGGCAGGGACCCAGAGCCUGCAGGGAUUUAAGAGGCCAUCUCAGCUUGUCCCUCCUGUCAGUGAUACCCUCGCUGAUGAACUUCCCUCGGCAGCUGCCCAUCCUCAGUCCUCAUCUUCUGGAGGACUCCAAGUUUCAGGACAGGACUCCAGAUCAACUCUCCCCUUGGUUAACUCUGAAAGACAGGCAGAACCUGUGAGGAACGACAGUGUUGCUGAAUAUCUUGAUUGCUCAGGAGAGAUCAUUGAGGCACCAGAGGUUGCUCACACCGUGGAGGUCACCUCAACGGAGUUUCCUCCUCCGACUACCAACUGCACGUGCUCAGAAGUUGGCAGUGGAACGCAGGAAGGAGUUGUGCCCUGCAACGACUUGUACUCCCAGGAGCUUGAGAGGGUUCCUUCUGAGUCUGAAAGUGUGACCUGUGACCGAAAAUCCUCCCAGCUUUAUGUUGGAGAAGACACAUUGUUUGAUUAUGAGUUGGACAACCAAGUUCAAAUUAUAAGCAGCGAGUACGAGUCAAUGGGCCCUGGUAGCACUGAUACAACAUCUGAGGAUUGCUCAGAACUCUGCCUCUCCUCCCCGCCGAUGAAAGUGGUCGUCACUGCGCUUACCCGCCCACACAGCACCGAUGACGUCCCCCUAGUCUCCCUGACCAGUGCCUAUCGGCAGUCUGAAGCCAGGCCCGAGGUCGCUCUGGCCUACUCCCACACCCUGCCUCCAAUGCAGAUCUUCCUCAGCAGGAUGUCCGAGUCGCAGCAGCUGGCUGUACCCCUCCAGGAGUUGGCCAGCCAACUGAGUGCCGACUUGCUGUCGCCUGAAUUGGUCCGAUUGUCGGAUACCACUGACGGAUGUUCCGCGAGUGAGGAAGUCAGAAGUCCGUGUUGUCCAGAAGAGGCUGCAAGCAGUGACAGCUCAGGGGAGGCAGUGACGCCGACUCAGCAAGAAACCUCGGAGACAGAGGUGCACGGAGAAGCUGAUGGAGAAGCUGUUGUGAACCAACAGCAUCAGGAAAAUGCUCAACAACAGGCUGUCGAGAGUUGCAGGGAACUUGCCUUGACCGGAGACCGCACCACUGAGCACAGUGAUGUUGGAGGGACCGCAGAAGAGUCCAGCCCCGGAGAAACAGACUCCAAACAGAUCACAGAUACUACAGUGCCCACGGUGACAAGCCCCGUCAGUCACAGUGUCCCAUGCAGUGUGGCUGGCCCCACCCAGCCUCCCCCGGUCCUCUCGUCCUCCCCGGUCCUCAGUGCACUGUUGGCGACGAUGGCGGAGACGUCAUUAUGCGUCACGGCUCCUCGGGACGUGCCGCCCGUGGCAUUAGUGCGAGGACGCAAUAGUCCAGAGAAUCGUUGCGAAAACCCGAACGUCCCUGAAGGGCAGAAGACAGUGGACUCUUCAGAGAUGUCACAGAAUGGUGUGUCAAAUGUCUGUCCAAGUCCUGCCGUCCUCCUUACAGCCCCACAUUUGAGCAGCGACGAGGUCUCACACACCACCCCCAGCCAUUUCAGCGAUGACCUGUCCCUGUCCCUGCCCCUGCCCCCACUGGGGGCGGAUUUUGGCGACUUCCCAGAGGAGGACUGCAUCUCCCUGGUUUGCGACACGGAGAGCUUCCUCAGCGACUUUGGGGACGAGCUGAUGGAGAGUGACCGCAAGAUGGGUGAAACAGACAAGCGAAGGAAGCCAGGAUCUCCAUUCCAAAGGGGGAACCAACCACAGGGAACCAGUGGUACCAAUAAUCAACUUGGAAAAGACGGACAGCCACAAAGUGUACUCGGGACCCCCCGAAAGCACCCACCCCUGCAGACAGUGGACUGGUCCGAGGUGGCGCAGUACCAGCCAGUCAGCAGGAGCCUCGCCGGCGGGGACUGUCCCACUAAUGACCUGCGGACGAGGUUGAUCCGCAGGGACAACCAGUCCGCGCCAGUGCCGACAGCUCCUGGCAGGAGCUGGACGGCACCAGCCCACCUCCAGGGGUCAGCAGACAGUCGACCGCACCCUCCUUUAAGAAAUCAGGCGAUACCCAAAGGCUACUGUUACGACUUUGUGCGAAACGGUCGCUGCUUGCGUAGAGCUUGUCCCUACAUACACGAUAGGCCCAGGCCCCAGAGUGGCACACCGCAGCCCCAGUGUCCUCCGUCAGUCAGGAAAGUCAUCAUCGAUCCGCAGAGGACGCCCGCAACAGAGCAACACGAAGACACUCAAAAUAUACUGGCGUUGGUGAACGAAUGCAGCAUGGCAUUGAAUGCGCAUCAAAGAGGGGGCCGGCACAGCCAUGACCAAGGGAGCGAGGAGAGGGCGGAGGCCAGCAGCCUGGAAUCGGCCGGCAGCCUGGAAUCGGACGGCAGUGCGUCCCCCGCUGCCAUCUUUGAGGCGGCCUACUCCUUCCAGCAGUGCACCUCGUGGCGGGAGGCGCGGGACACGCUGCUGGACCUCUGCCGGCGCCGGCCCGAGGUGGCUGGCUGCCAGCCCGUGGUCGCGGAGCUGAUGGCCAAGCUCCAGGGGCCAGGGGCUGGAGCCAGUCCCAAUGAUGGCCCUGAGGUGCUGGGCGAGAAGUUUGGCAACUUUGUGGCCGUGUUCAGGAGGUACCUUGCAGAGAAUGUCAGCGAUCCCGCCACCAACACCUUGAAGCAGACCCUGUCCUGUCUGGGCGUCAGCUGUGCCCUGCUGUGCUGUAACGGCCAGCGCUGGGGCCAGGCGCGUCGCAUCCUGGACUGCCUGUACCACCACCGCUUCCCCUGCCAGGGAGAGCUGACCCAGAACGUACUGCUCAUUCAGCAGCUCCUGGCCAAGCACCAGCAGCCCAACUUACAGGACGGUUACGCCGCCCCUUGUGUCAAGAGAGUGUGAGGUUUCGUGUCCUGUUCUUAAAUGUUUGCCAUAUUUUCAUAAUCAGAAAUGGCUCUACAUUUAAAAAUGCAGUCCCUCCCUUGAGCAAAACAGCGCUGCCCAAUGAGUCCACAAGUAGCACAUGUGAAGCAAAUUGAAUUGGUUAUUCCACUUGGAUUAGAGGAACUUUGAAUAAUGUACUGCAUCUCCAUCUCACGUACUGCUUACACAUUCAACCUUAUGGUAUACUGGAUUCGGACGCAACCUGUCAGUGUUCCACUCGCGCUCACAGGGAUAAUUGGUAAUAUCGUGGAACUGCUGGGUUGAAAAUAUGUUUGAUUAAAACACCAUUUGAGUUGAAAAUUGUGGCCGGUUUCAAAUCCGAGCGCUACAAACGGACCAAGUAAGCAUAUGUUGCCAGCCAAAAUGUUCUACGGUUUGUAUCGCUGGUGUAUGGUUGUCAGUUGUUUUUCAUGUUGAGGGUAUAAAUUUCGGAAGCAGAAUUUCUCAGUCGGGCAGUUCCAUGCAAUUGGGCCCCAAUUAGAAACUUGUGUGUAAUUUUUAUAAAGUGUUGACCAGUUGGGUGUGGUUUUUCUUUUUGAGCCAAGCAAAAUUUGUCUGCACUUUAGAAGUUGUGCAUUUAUAGCUCCGCAUUUCUCAAGAAGAUAGAUCGGAAACGCUGACAAACUGGUGAGGAAAAAAUAUCUGAUACCGAUUGGACCGUAAGUUCAUCACAUUCUGAAGAUUUGACCGGAAGGAAUUGGAGGCCUACUUUUUGGUCAUUUUUUUUUUUAAUUUUCCAAGAGAAUGGAAAUUUGUCACAUUGUAGGCCGUGCUGUGCCAAAAAAAUCAAAGCACAUCAUUUCCAUGGCCCAAAGUUGCCAUGGAUUUUUUUUCCUAUUGAUUUUGUCCUCGUGAAAUUUUUUUCCAGGAGUGUCAGUUUUAGCACAUUUCACGAAGCAGACGCGUGGUGGCUAUUUUGCCUUAAAAAGUAAUUGGCUCGAGAUUAUUUUUUACACUUUCAGUGUUACCUCGUAGAAUCUUACCUUUUCAAAUCAAAGUUGUAACUUGUUCAGCUUCUGCAUAUUUUCAUAGAAUCACUUUUAUCCUUUUGUGCCAUUUUGGAUACCAAAUUCAGGAACAAAGUUAAUUAUAUUUCUGGUGUUCACUGUUAAUUUAAGAACAAACAUUAAACAUUACCAAGGCCAAAGAAAAGAUGAAGGUUUUUAAAACUGACUUUUUGCUCCAUUGAGCAGUUUAAUUUUUCAAUGGUUUUGUUUUUACUUUUGUCCAGUUCAGUAAGCUAAAUGUCCACCUGCUUUUUACAACUGUUCAUAUUUCAGAGAUUUUAUAAUCCUAGGAAUCCUCACAUCUCUUCCCUUCAGACCUUUAAACCUGUUAGUUUCCAGAUAUAUUGAAAAUGAUAGAACAGAUUUUAUUUGUUAGUGUCGUCUUUCUACAUAUCAGAAAUUUCUUGGUUUGCUUUUGGUUUCUUGCUAGAGCAUAUAGGCAAAUUCAUGGUACUUUUUUGAUGAUUCGAAAAGGGAUGAUACAUUGCGAGGCAUACACAAAAUAUCAGCUGGCAUGGUUAAGUAAUUGGACCCUUGGUACCCUGACUCAGGUGUAGCCCAGAGACCCCUUGCCGGCACAGCUCUCUUUAACGCAGGGCACAAAACACGAAAGAAAUGUUUGGUCCCUCCGCCAUAGUCUCAUACACUG